AUGGGAUCAAACCAGCCAUUCUCGUUCUUCGAGGACGGGGUCUAUAUCCCUCCGGACUCGAUCUUCGAAGUGGCUAAGAACUAUUGGGCCGACGCAGAUGCGCAAAAGAUCAAUUUGGGCCAAGGGGCAUACCGCGAUGAGUUUGGGCAGCCAUGGGUGCUACCGUGUGUACGGAUGGCCAAACAAAUGCUGAAGGAGAAGGAGGAGCAAGGGCAUGAAUAUCUCCCCAUCACCGGGUUGACCGCCUUCAGAGAGAAAGCAGUCGAACUUGUAUUCAGCGGCAGCAAAGCCCUGGCGGAGCAAAGGAUUGCGUCUUGCCAAUCUCUGUCCGGAACGGGAGCUCUUCAUCUGACCGGAUUUGCUCUUCGACGGUCCAACCCAAGCGCCAAAACCGUCUACAUCACCGACCCGACUUGGCCAAACCACAAGCUUCUGUUCACAAGCCUGGGCUAUGAGGUCAAAGAGGUACCUUACUACCGAGAUGGAGGAUUUGAUUACGCAAGUUACGUGGCGGCGCUGCGCGAAGCAGAGCCCAUGUCCGUUCUCGUUCUCCAUGCUUGUGCGCACAAUCCAACCGGGUGCGACCCAUCCAAGGAAGAAUGGAAAGAGAUCAUGUCGGUGAUUCGAGAAAAACGACUAUUCCCCGUCAUCGAUUCAGCCUACCUUGGCUUCAACUCUGGCUCGGUGGAAGAUGAUGCAUGGCUCAUUCGAUAUAUUGUGGACGAGCUGGACUUGGAGGCCGCAGUCUGUCUUUCCUUUGCUAAGAACAUGGGCCUUUAUGGUGAAAGGGUUGGCCUGGUGGCCCUGGUCACCAAGACGCCCGAACUGGCCAUCACCAUGAAUUCAAUCAUUGCAAAUGUCCAGCGAGCCACCAUCUCCACUCCACCACUGUACGGCGCACGAAUUGCCGCGACCGUGCUUCAGAGUCCUGAGCUGCAAGCUCAAUGGAGGUCCGAUCUGAAGUUGAUGUCGGGUCGGAUCCGGGCUAUGAGGGAAAAGCUGUACGACGAACUGGUUCGCCUUCGCUCCCCCCGUGACUGGAGCUUCAUUGUCAAGCAAUCCGGCAUGUUCGGCUACACCGGACUGAACGCCCGUCAGAUCACCUAUCUCCGAGAUGAACACCACAUUCACAUGGCAGUCACAGGCAGAAUAUCUAUCGCAGCAUUGAACGACCGCAAUGUGGCUCACGUCGCAGUGGCCCUAGAUCAAGCUGUCAGAAAUAUACAGUAA